AUGACAAAGGAACCCAGCCAACCAGAGGGUCCCCCAGGACAACAGAAUCCCCAGGUAGCUGAUUAUGCAGCUUUCCAGCUGGUUUACUCUGCCACACUGGGUGGUGGAAUUCUGAACCGAAUUGGCAGCUACCAGGCAGCAUUCUUAGAAAUUAAUAUGUGCAAUGCACUGGAUGGAACAAAUGAAUACCUCGACAAGUAUUACACACAGAAAGGAGGACACCAGGUUGGGGCAAUGGUAACAGAUGACAGUUCCAUGGCAAGGAGGAUUAAAGGAAUGCAAGUAUUCUUUGAUCUCCAGGUCACUGGGAAACUGGACUAUAGCAAUAUGAGUAUAAUAAAGAGGCCACACGGUGGUGUCCUUGAUAUAGCAAACUACCACCUGUCUCCAGGACAGCCCAAAUGGAAAAAAAAUUAUUAUUCUUACAAAGUAGUAAAGUACAUGUCCAGUUUGAGUCAUGCAGACAUCAAUAAAGCUGUAGCAAUGGGGUUAAACACAUGGAGUAAUGCUGCCCCAUUGAAAUCUGUCAGAACAAACACAGGGGAAGCCGAUUUGAUGAUAUUAUUUGAAAGUGGAGAGCACGGAGACUUUUUCCCAUUUGAUGGCUCUUGUGGUGUGCUGGGUCAUGUAUAUGGACCUGGAGAAGAAAUAGGAGGUGACAUUCAUUUGGAUGAAGAGGAAUUUUGGACAAUGGAGUAUGUCUGGAAAGGCAGCUGUUUUGUUUAA